AUGGCGUCUCCUCCCCACAACUACUCGCCCGCGGGCUCUCCUCCCUACCCGCCACAUUCGCAGCUGCCAUCCAAGAAGCGUACCUCCGGAGCUGCCGACCUUUCGGUACAAUCAUCGUCACUCAAACGACGUAAGGCAUCUACGAUGUCCGUUGCAUCUGCCGGCUCCGCUCACCCGCUCCGACAAACCUCGUUUCCCCCGGACGAAGUAUCUUUCUCCCCAUCUCAACGAUCGCCAAGUAUCGGUGCCGCGAGUCUAGUAAGCGGUAGCCAAGUGAGUGCCGCUCCGAAGAAGAAGCGCGGCCGCAAAUCCAAAGCCGAGCGUGCGAGUGAGGCUGCUGCCGAGGCAGCCCUGCGAGAUGGCGCCUCGAGCGUUGCUGGGGGUCGCGCAGCCACUGUAUUGAGCAAUGUGAGCGGUUACGCUGGCAAGGAUGGCGAUGGUGAUGGCGGUAGAGACGGUGAAGGCGACGGCGCCUUCGAAAUCCCCGAGAACAUGGCCAGUAAAGCGGCCGCACGUACCAAGGAGCAAAUCGAGGAAGAGAAAGAGCUCCUUGCACUUCUUAAAUCCCGCCUGGACCCCCAGCAGUUCACAAGGUACGAGGUCUGGCAUCGUGCUACGCUUAAGAACCCAGAUAUCAAGAGACAUAUCAACAGCGUUACGUCCCAGUCGUGUCCCACCAAUGUCCAUCAGAUGAUGCAAGUCGUCUGUAAGAUGUACCUGGGCGACAUCGUGGAGUCAGCGCGAGACAUUCAACAAGAGUGGAUUAAAUUAGGAGAGAAGCAAACCGACCUAUCCGACGAUGACCUGCAGCCGUCCAACGAAUUAUCCGCACAUUGUCGACAAGCUCCCCUGAGACCGGAACAUCUAAGAGAGGCGUACAGACGUCGCAAGGCCGCGGCCGAGAGCGGCGGUGCAUUGGGAACUCUGAUGGUGUGGAACCAGCAAGUACAGAACGGGGGAGAGAGGUUCGCCGCGCGCGCUGGAGGACGCCGAGUCUUCAAGUGA